AUGUCCCAAGGAAACGCAACCCGACCAGCAACUCCGGCACAGAACAAUGCGAGUCCAAGCAGUUCUAUUGUUCCAUCCGCAAACGCCUCUCCCACUACGGGGAUUCCUUUACAGAGCGCCCAAACACGUCCUGCGGUGGUGAACACAGGACCAAGUGCCUCCAACACUCAACCUCCCACGGGGCAGACUCCAAGUUUGCCACCAUCAUCAUCACAAACCCCUGUGUCGGUGUCUGCCCCAUCUUCAUUGACAAAUGCGUCCAGCCAUCCAACUUCGACACCAGGAUCGUCGCAUACUUCAGCUGCCCCAUCCCACGCCUCUGCUCCCACCAGCCAGGGUCAACACCAUGGCAAUACCUCAGCCUCCGGAUCGAUUACGACAGCGGCUCAAGCUUCGACGCCCUCACCUCCAGCACAGCCUAGUCCAACGAACCGAUCCAGAAUGCGAUUGUUCAAGCUCGGCUUAUCAUCCUUCAGCGGAACACCUGAGGAAUGGGUGACCAAUUGCCUCCAACCCUGGGGCCUAGGCUUACUUUUUUUGUUCACCAUCGGCCUUGCCGUGACGCUGUUCGUCCUGGCACGCAAAUCGGCCGGCGCCAAAGGUAUCGCCGAAAUACGUAAAGUCAAACCGGACCGGAACGUCGCUGGUGUGGCGCUCGGGUUGACCCUCACGUGGAAGCAGAUACCCACCUUCACGAUUCAAGCCUACGGCAUGUGUCUCGCGGCCGCGUUCAUGGCCUUUGCUCAACGACAGCCUUACGUCGAGCUCAACCGCGCAGAUGGCGGUGCGCCAGCCAAAGCCUCGAUCCUCCUGGACUACGGUUCCCUGUCGUGGUUCUCCAAGAUCAAACGGGCCUGGCAAAGUAAGCAUGCCUUGCUGCUACUGUGGUUCUUUAUGAGUCCCAUCUUCUCCCUGGGUGUCACUCCCUUGGCGGCCAAUCUGUUCGACCUCGAUGAAGGACAAGUGGCCGAGACCAACAUCAAGGUCAACCGGACCACCUUUUACGACGAGUGGGCCAUCGAAGCCGACACACAGCUCCUCCCGAUGCUCACCUACGUCACGGGAAUCGAAUUGUACGACACGCCCAUGCCGGCGUGGGCAGAUCAGAACGCGAGUUACGCCCCCUUUGAGAUACCCGCCGGUCUUGACGGAACCUCCGACAACGUGACCGUCGUUCAGAAUGCCUCUUUCAUGGACCUGGACUGCAGAGCACUUUUACGAGAAGUUGACUUUGACGUCGUCGCUUCCGACCACCAAUGGUUGCUGAAUGGGACCGACCAAGGUUGUGACUUCAUCAAUCAAUUUCAGUUCAGUGAUGGGUUCUUUCAAAACUACGCCCAGACGUGGACGAAGAAUGAUUGUGGCGACGACGACAGUGACGGUGGCACUUCUUCUUCAUCAUCGUCGCCCACGCUCGAAGGGCGUGUAUUUCUGUUUGCAGCUCACGCCCCGGAUGGGAACGGUUCCGCCGUCACCAACUUUUCCAUGAUUUCCUGCACGACUACAUACCACAACCAUACGGGGAAACUCGUCGUGGGAGUGGACCCGUCGAAUUCCAACAGACCUCUCAUACGAAAUUUCCAACCCACGGCUCGACCUCAACUCAUGGAACCGAGACCACAAUAUUGGAAGAUUUUUGAACAAUCCAUCAGUUCUUUUGCCGUUGACGCAGAUCCGACGAGCUUAUGGUCGGCCACUUCAUUGGGUAGGUUGGUGAUCGAGGCGGGUGUAAAAAAUAAUGGCGAUGACAGCAACAGUGGUAGCAGCAGCAGCAGCAGCAGCAGCAAGAUCCCUGACGAAGCGUUUCGGACAGAAAACCUAAUCACGCAGUUCAAGGCAGCAUGGCGUCUUUUGUAUAUUGUCACCGCCACCACUUAUCUUCACCCUUUGGUGUCGACCACACGACCGACGGGGACCACCGGCACUACGGUUUCUGGGUCGGACGACACGUUGGACGCCACCCUACACCUCACCACGAGUUACCUCCGCACCGCCGAUGCCAUCGCCUACAGUUUCGUCGGCGUGUUCUUGGUCAACGCGGCUCUCAUCGUCUGGAUGGCCCAGUCCAUGAGACUCCGACCCAGCAUCCUACGCGAAGAACCCACGGGCCUUUUGGGUCACUUGUUCUUGGCCGCCAACAGCGCCCAACUCAUGGGUACCGCCCGCGCGGUACGACACGACGUCGCCGGGCCGUCUCCGAAAUGGCAAGAGGCUUACGAAAAGGGACAGGUGACGACGGUGGCCACGGAGUACCAAACUGCCCGAUGGCGCGUCGUGGAUUGGUCGAAUUCAAGGGAUGGUCGGAUCGAGCGUUGCCCAUGA